UGUAUAGAUUGUUUGGCAUGUGUUUCUUUUGAUUUUUUCCUCAUUUGAGGUUAUUUUGUGUUUGGUGCUGGUUGUUAUUAAAGAUGAAUAAGAAAAGUAAAGGAAAAGCAUCGUUGUCGGAGAAAAUCGCGAGUGUUUUAAACGCGACUCCAAGUAAUUUUGAAUCUGACAACGAAUCGGAAGAUGGAGCACCUUUGCCAGAGUUCGAAGAGAAUGUGGAGAUUCGGGAAGUUGAAGAAUUCACGAGUAAAAUUAGGAAGCAAAACGUAGACCUGCUGGAUAAGGUUGAUAGUAGGUAUGCUGGCAAGAAGAGUUCAAGGAAAAAAGCAGAGUUUGAAUCGGAUGAUGAUGAGGAUGUUGCCAUGGAGGAAGAUGAUGAGUCUAGUCAAGAUGAGGAAGAAUCGGAGGCUGAAGAAGAUGAAUUUGGUGAAAGUGAAGAGGAAUCUGAGGAUGAUGAUAAUUUUAAGCAUUUAAAUGAUGUUGAUAGCCCAGCGGAAAUGUCUAAAGGUAUACAUGUAAGGAAUCAAUUGCAUAUUUGGGAGAAAAUUUUGGAGAUGCGGAUACAAAUGCAGAAGUGCAUGUCAGCCGCAAAUAAAAUGCCACAGAAGGAAGUUUACAAAGAAAUGAAAUCUUCUGAGGAGUUUUCAAAUAAAGUGGAGGAAACUCAGAAAUCUGUAAGUUUGGUUUUGGGCAAAUUACUGGAUUUGCACAAAGUGUGCAUAGCAAAGUUCCCAGAAAGCAAGAAGGUGUUGAAAGGAAAGGUUGAGGAGAUUGUGAGUGAUGAAGAGAUUCCAAGUGAUACUGAAGAUGAGAAAGAGGAGUCUGAGGAAGAAGUUGAUGAGCCUUUGAAGAAGAAACAGAAGUUAACUCCUGUAAAAGAUAUGGUGGACGUUUUUGAAAAGUAUAAGCCAUACAGAAAUAAUGUUAUACAAAAGUGGAACGAAAAGACGAACAUAGUUGUUGCGAAGAACGCUGGAACUCAGUCCGUUUUGAAGCAGAUCGAACACAAUCUGAGCGAUCGUGAAAAGCUGAUUAAGAGAACGCAAGUGAAGAGGACGGAUUACAGAAUACUCGGUAAGGAGAUUCCUGAAAACGAGGAAGGGCAGAUCAAGGAUUCAGAAGAUGCGAACAUCUUCGAUGACAACGAUUUCUAUCAUCAGCUCCUUAGGGAGCUGAUCGAGGUGAAAUCCGCCGAUCUGACGGAUCCGGUUCAGUUGGGUCGUCAGUGGAUCCAGUUGCAGAAUCUUAGGAGUAAGAUGAAGAAGAAAGUUGAUACCAGAGCGACGAAGGGCAGGAAGAUCCGGUACACCAUUCACACGAAAAUGGUCAACUUUAUGGCUCCCAUCGACGAACACGAGUGGACGGAUGAGGCGAAGACGGAACUUUACAACUCGCUAUUCGGGAAACGACAGAUCUCCCAUCAGAUGUAAUAAACCUCUAACUGUUAUGAUAUUUCUGUUUGUUGAAUAAAAAUUUAUUUUUAACGUUCCUA